AUGAGCGAGCAGGAUGAACCACCCAUGAUUUGUGAUCUUUGUCUUGGUGAUUCUAACCGCAUAAGAAUAACAAAGAAUACACAUGGUGCAAGUUGUAAAAUUUGUACGUUGCCAUUUACCGUUUAUCAAUUCAAAUCUGGCAAAAGAAAUGUCAACUUAGUGAAGACUUUGAUAUGUAGGAAAUGUGCCAAACAGAGAAAUAUAUGUCAGUGUUGCAUGCUGGAUAUGACUUGGCAUAUAUCUUUACAGUUACGAGAUAGGAUGCUAUCGAUGAUAAGUAGAGACAAAUCGAUGAUAACUGAAGAGGUUAAAAACGAUAUGAUGAGAAGGUUCUUGGCUUUGAAGGACACCGAAUUAGGUGGUGCCAAAAUUACCAGUGAUCCGAAGAAGAUAGAUGUAGUCAUGAAUGAACUUCAGCAUAUUCUCACGUCACAAUCUUCAACAUCCGCAUCAAAAUCUGCUCCCGCAUCAGAUCAGUCCCUGGAGGAAAGUGAUUCAUUGAAGGAAAGUGAUUCAUUGAAGGACAAAGUAAUAAAUAAAUAUAAGUCAGUGGACAUUUCACAUGUUUUACGAAAACUACCACUCAAGGAGUCCUUUGAAUUAACGGAUCAAUCAAAAUCCUUCUUUCUCUACAAUAUAAGCUCAUCUUUGCCAGAAUGGAGGAUAAAUAGGGCAAUAUCUGAAAUUUUAAAUGUUACAGAUUGGCAGUCUGAAACUUCAAACUCUUUAAUAGUUCAUCACAAGGCGAAAUGUGGUGGUAUUAGAUUCAAAAACGAUGAACUUGGUGCUAAAUUUAUUGAAAAUCUUCUAAGCUCAAGAAGUUAUCUCAAAACUCCAAAUGAUUUGAAAAGAGGCAUACUUAAAGUUUCUCACUAUCAAGUCUUUGUAAUACCGUGGAAAACAGGAUUCUCUACAAGCUCUUUUGGAAGUACAACUGGUGAAGAGAUUAAAUUGAGCUUAAGUCUUGAUCAGUUUUUAAAAAACGAAUUCAGCAAAGGCUCAGCGGUUGAGUCGGCGACAAACAAAGUGACAGCGACAUCUACGUCAAAGAGCAAAACCAAGGGAAAAGUCACAAAGAAGAAAAACAAACUUAAACGGGUCUCAAAAAUAGAUUUAUGA